UCCAGCAGAGAUCAUCACAGUCACAUCCACUGCUGUCUAACUGCUCAGAUGACAUCCAAGAGAGAAAGAGAAAACGCAAGCGAGACAUAUACAGAGUAGAAGAUAGAGAUAGAAAAUGAGAAUAAGUUAAGGCAGUCGACACAGAACUGAUUUAAAUACAACUCAUCCGAGACUUGUGGUCCGUUUGUCCCUGUGGCAGUGACUCUGGAGGCGCACAGCUGACCGCAUUAUCCACUUCCCCUCCCUCUUCCUCUCAACGUGCUGCCUCCUCUCCCUCCCUACACCAUGGAGGAGGUCACCAAGGAGACCACACCUGCCCUGCUACCUCUCCUGGAACGGCGGGUUCGCCAGCGCAAGCCCACAGUUUCAGUCCUCAAAUCCAAACUGAAGCAGGGUGUGACCUGCUCCGUGCCCAGAGUCCGAUCCACCCUGACCGGGUUCUUCCCUGUGGUGAGCUGGCUGCCUAAAUACAAGCUCACAGAGUACGUCUGGGGCGAUGCAAUGUCAGGUGUGAUCGUUGGUAUCAUCUUGGUACCACAGGCCAUUGCAUACUGCCUACUGGCAGGAGUGAAGCCCAUCUAUGGUUUAUACACCUCAUUUUAUGCCAACAUCAUCUACUUCCUCAUGGGGACGUCCAGACAUGUCUCUGUGGGGAUCUUCAGCCUCAUGAGCCUCAUGGUCGGACAGGUGGUGGAUAAGGAGCUGUUCCUGGCAGGUUUUGACCUCAAUGAGGAAUCAACACUGUCUGGGCCUGAUAUGUUUAAUGCCACACUAGAAUCUAACCUCACAGCUGGUACACUUCACAGUGUGGAGUUAAUGGGAGUGCAGUGUGGGAAGGAGUGUUACGCCAUCAGUGUCGCUACUGCCCUUACAUUCCUGGUUGGCAUCUAUCAGGUCAUGAUGGCCGUGUUUCGGCUAGGCUUUGUCUCUGUAUACCUUUCGGCUCCUAUGUUGGAUGGUUUUGCCACUGGAGCCUCGUUCACCAUCCUGACCGUACAGGCUAAAUACCUGUUGGGUCUAAAGAUUCCCCGUUACCAGGGCUAUGGAACAGUUGUCAUUACCUGGAUCAACAUCUUUUCAAACAUUCAUAAGACCAACCUGUGUGACCUCAUCACUAGCGCCAUCUGUAUCUCUGUAUUAGUGGCCGGGAAAGAGAUCCAGGAGCGCUACAAGGACCGUCUAAAGAUCCCUCUGCCGACUGAGCUGCUAGUAGUUGCCGGAGCUACACUGGCCAGCCAUUUCGGGGAACUGAACAGCCGUUACAGCUCCAGUGUUUCUGGUCACAUUCCCACGGGGUUCAUUGCUCCCCAGGUGCCCAGCUUUGUUCUGAUUUCACGGGUGGCACUGGAUGCCAUUCCUUUGGCUAUCAUUAGUUUUGCCUUCACUGUAUCACUGUCCGAGAUGUUUGCAAAGAAAAACGGGUACACGGUUCGUCCUAACCAGGAGAUGCUGGCCAUCGGCUGCUGUAACAUCAUCCCCUCCUUCUUCCACUGUUUCACCACCAGUGCAGCGCUGGCAAAAACCAUGGUGAAAGACUCAACAGGCUGCCAGACACAGGUAUCAAGUUUGAUCAGCGCGCUGGUCGUUCUUCUCGUCCUCCUCUUCUUCGCACCUUUCUUCUACGCUCUCCAGAAGUGUGUUCUUGCCUCUAUCAUCAUUGUCAGCCUUCGGGGGGCACUGAGAAAGUUUAAGGACGUCCCAGAUAAGUGGCGUAUGAGCCGGAACGACGCCAUCGUGUGGCUUGUCACUAUGUCAGCUACCGCUUUGAUCAGUGUGGAGAUGGGCCUCCUGGUCGGAAUAGUUUUUUCUAUGAUCUGCAUCAUCUUCAAGACCCAAAACCCUAAGGUCUCCCUCCUUGGCCGGGCCAAUGAUACUGAUCUUUAUGAGGAUAUGGACGAGUACAAGAACCUCCUGCCGCCACCUCGGGUUCAGGUCUUCCGUUUCCAGGCUCCUCUUUACUACGCCAACAAGGACUCAUUCCUAAAAUCCCUCUACAAAGCUGUCGGAGUCGAACCUUUCUUGGAAAUGACUAUAAGGAGAAAGGCAGAGAAGAAGGCCAAAGACAUGUCCUCGAAACAGGCCAAGGCUAAUGGGGAUAAAAACAACGGAGAGGUCACCAUUGGAUCGGUAGAACUGGAUUUUCACACAAUAGUUUUAGACUGCUCUGCCAUCCCCUUCAUAGACUCCACAGGCAUGGCCACAUUUAAAGGGCUGGUCAAGGAAUAUAAAGAGAUUGGGGUGAGCGUAGUCUUGGCCAACUGUAACACCUUAGUCAUUGAUACCCUGCAGAAGGGACAAUUCUUUGGGAAGAACGACAAAGACAUGAGCAGCAUGUUGUUUUAUACAGUUCACGCUGCAGUUCUUUAUGCAAACAGUACAUUUGCCGCAGCAGAAAACUGGUCAGAAAACUCUAUGCUGUAGAGCAGCUGGAAGAAGAAGGGAACAAAGAAAACAUUGUGGUGUGCUCCAUUUCUCCUUCUCCUUUCCUUGGUAAACCUAAAAGUAAAUGUACAUACUCAUGCUAUCUUGCCCUCUAUAUUAGUACUGCAUUAGAUGGCUUUGAAGUUGCCUUUGUCCAAGAAAACAUAGGUGUUCCAACUAGGAAGAGUAUCCUAUUAAGUCUUUUUUUUUUAUGCUUUAAAUAACCACACAACAUAACAACAUGAUCUGCCCAACAAGCAUUCUUUAAAGCAGUUUUCCAAAAUUUUAAAUGCAAUUUCACUGCAGAAAAGAGGUCAUUUCAAAAAGCUAAGUAGUAACUUUGUAGUAAACUAACUUGCUAAUGGUGAUUUCCAAGUCCCCUCUCAGGACACCCCUUUAUACAGGGGUUGCAUAUAUAUUUCCAUUUAUAACUCCACCAGGCUUGUAUAAGUAGUCCUGAAUAUGACAGCCCUGUUUUAUGAUAUUAUAUCAUAAAAGUAGUUUUUAUCCAAAUACAUUGGUCUUUUAAUAUCAGUAUUUUUAUAACCAGAAUUUAAACAAUAUAACUGACAGACCAUUUUCAUUCUGGCAAACUCAAACAUCUUGACUUGGCUUCUAUUGUGAUCUCUGACUACUUCAUGCUUAUAUGACAUCCAUAUGUAACAAAAAGUCAUAUAUCUUCUUUACAACUUUUUGUCAUAUUAAAAAAGAAGCCUAUAUACACCUACUCCAUAUUUCAGUUCCCAGAUUUGUUUCACCUUCUUUUUUGCACCUUCACAUUUAUGUUUUAAAUUUAGAUACAACUAAAGAAAAGUAGAUUUGAAUUUUCAAGUUGUUUGCACCAUAAACCAGUUGGGUUGUGUGUGGUAUCUGUAAUGGACUGUGCCAUUUGUGGUCAAUUCUGUUGCCUUCUGUCAUUAACGUCUCUCCCGUACUUUCCUCAUUGGUCCCAAAUAACUUCCUGGCUGGACAAAGGUGGUAAGAAAAAUGGAACACACACAUAGUUUUGUAGUUUGGAUAAAAUUGGUAGCUCCUUUUUAAUCACUGAAUCUGAAUGCUGAGGCUCACAGACCAAGGUGUGUGUCUGAAGACUUUUCAGGGACUACCCAUGAUCGAUAGCAUCAAAGAUAUAAAGAAAAUGAAGAUGAGGUCUUAUAGACGUGAACACAGAAACACUGUAAGAUACAUUUAAUCUGUACCAGCUUGCUUGUUUAGAGCUUAAUGUUACAGUUGUUUUGUAUGAGUAGACACAAAUGUGUUUUAUUGGGGUUAAUCAAAUGACACACUUGUGUGUGCAAAGCUAUUAACUUUUUAUAUCACUUAAAGCCUUUGGCCAAAGUCCAUAGUGGCUCUAUUUUAGAAGUCCAGAGUUCCGACAUGGAAAUUUAGCCAUUAUCAGCGGUAUUUCCUGAGGUGCCAACAAUUACUACAAACCUCUGACUAACAAGGUUUGAGUGUUUUUUCAGACUCUAAGUCUCACACAGAGAUCCUUGCCUUCAACCAGGUCUCAUAACAACAUAAUUGUACUCUUGCCCUGUUCUUUGGUCACCCACCAAGAACAAUUAUAUGAUCUGUUCUCGUAAAAAUUCUCGUAAAAAAAUUUUUUUUUAUUUACACAGGUCUGAGAUCUUUUCUCAGGUGCUGGAUGAAAGGUAGUUAUCACAUGGUGCUUCUGAAAUUAAUAUUUUUUCUGAGUAAACUUAUGGCAGCAGGUGUUGCCACAUAUUUUGUCAAAGUGCUUCACUGCCCAUGGUUUGUUAAAUCAAAUGUUUUAUGACUUGCAGACAGAUUUUGCCUCCGUUAAAUCACUGUCUUUUAUCCGGUUGGUGUGAAAUUUUAAUUAAAACAAUAAUUUCUUGAAAGUACCCCCACUGUAAAAAGGAUAUGUUUGUACAUGUUCAUGUCGUAAAGCCAGGUGUUGAUGAACUGGCAUUGUAAUAAGAGAUAGACAUUCUUGUUUGUGAAUUUAGAAAAUGACCAUUGUGUAUUUUCAUACACUUCAUUUGCCAUCAAACUUUUUUCUGUGUACUCAAAUCAUGAUAGGGAUUAUAUCAUACGUUCUAGGGGAAGUCUGUUAGACUUUCAUUUUUGACAUAGUGUUGACAUUCAACAGUCAUAUACAAACACUGGCUUAAUAUUCAAUACUUGAAUUAAACUGACAAGAUUUGAGUGAA